AUGGACUCGGACGGAGUGAAGAAUGCUAUCAUCCGGCAGCAGCUCCAGGCGACCAAUGCGGCCAAUGCGCGGACCCUUAUAGAGAACAUCAACGAGAAGUGCUUCGAACGCUGCGUCCCCAAGCCCGGCUCGUCUCUUUUGAGCAGUGAACAGACGUGUCUCACACAGUGCAUGGAGAAGUACAUGGCGGCGUGGAAUGAGGUCAACGCGGCAUACAUCCGCAGGUUACAGCAGGAGGUCGGCAACCAGACCAUCUCGAGCACAUAG